AUGGCUACUAGGUCGAAGCGUCAGGCCAAGGCAAAAAAUGGCUUUGACAAAAGCAAUAGUCUUGAUCAACCAGAUUCCAGGAAAAGUUUUUGUAACUGGUGUUGUUACUGGUGUUGUUGUUGCUGUUGUUGUGAUAAACAAAGUUCUUCAAAAAUUGAGGGUCAAGCUGGGAAUGGAAAACAGUCCACACAUACAGAAAUGAAUGAUGGACAAUCUGCAGAUGGCAGCGCUACUACUCCAAACAAGAGCAGCUCUGGACAGGUUUCGGGUCAACAAUCUGCAAAUGGCAACGCGAGUACUGCAACAAAUCAGAGCAACUCUGGACAGAUCUCAGAUCGACAAUCUGCAAAUGACAUUGCAACAACUGAAAAGAGAAAGAGCAGCUCUGGAGAGGCGUCGGGUCAACAAUCUGCAAAUGAAAACGCGACUACUGCAACAAAUAAGAGCAACUCCGGACAGGGCUCAGAUCAACAAUCUGCAAAUGACAUUGCAACAACUGAAAAGAAUAAGAGCACCUCUGGACAGGCGUCGGGUCAACAAUCUGCAAAUGAUAAUGCGUCUGCCAAAAAACAGAGCAAUUUUGGACAGGUCUCGGGUCAACAAUCUGCAAAUGACAGCGCGGCUAAGGCAAAAAAUAAGAGCAGCAGCUCUGGACAGGCAUCAGUUCAACUAAACCAGAAGCAAGAACACAACAGUGAAAGCCCUGGAGUUGGAGAGAAGAGCAAGAACGAUAAACUGCUGGGAACUUCAGGCAGCUGUGAUCAAGAUUCGGGAAAGAAAACUGGUGGCACAGAACAGGCGGUUCACAAUUCUUCACUAAAAGGAGCUGUUCGACAAGAAGACACAAAGAAAAAUGGCAAGGAUCUCAAUCCCCGGAAGGAAAACAAUAGUAACUUAGAACAUUCAUCAAAAGAGCAGCCAAAGGGUCCACCACUGAAGAAUGAGAAGGAUAAACUGCUGGGUACCUCAGGCAGCUCUGAUCAGGAUUUGGGAAAGAAAACUGGUGGCACAAAACAGCCUGUUCACAAUUCUUUACCAAAGGGAGAUGUUAAAAAUGGCAAGGAUCUCAAUCCCCAGAAGGGAAACAAUAGUAACUCUGAACAUUCAUUGGAAGAGCAGCCAAAAGGUCCACAACUGAAGAUUAAGAAACAAAAGGAUUUUGGUAAGCAACCGGGUUUUAAGAACAAAGAUAAUACAAAUAUAGACACCAGCCUUCCGAAUAUAGUGAGCAGUGCUCGAAAUCCAUCAUCAGAGCAGCAAAAGGAUGUUCCCAAGCAAGCAGAGAACAUCGAAAACCAAAUAAACACAAGAACAAGCUCUCCAGUAAUUGUAAAUUCUAGCAGCCUUGGACAAGGUGGACAAAUCCUGUCACAGGAACAACAAAAGAGUGUCACCAAGCCAGAUGGCAUCAAGAAAGACGAUAAAAACACAGUGCCAAGUCACGUACGAGCAGAAAACAGCAUUGGAGAGGCAUCAAAACAGCAGCAAAAGAUAGUUGGAUAA